ACGUGGCCUUGGAAAGGGGGGUUCUCAAACCGUUUCGCUUCCAAAAGGAAAAGAAGCUGGCAGGCAUUCAUAUUUCAGUCCUCAGUUUAUGUAGGUUAAAAUCUCCCAGUGGGAAAAUGGAAGAUAUAAGAGAGCAGAGAGCCAGUGGUGAUACUUGUUAAGAGAAAACAGAAGAAAGGAGCACGUAACCCUAGAGCUACAUCCAGACGAAUUAGAGGUUUCAGAGGUGAGCAAUGUGAUAGAAAAGCGCUGCUAGCAUAUGAAUUUCCUGCAGAAGCUCCCUUUCUGCCACCACCAACAUGCAGAGCAACUACUCUGUGGUCAUCACCACCAGAGAAACUCUCCAAGUCCUCUAUACAAUGCUGGCAAACUCAUCGGCUGCAUUGCGCUCUCUGCCUCCCUGCCCACUUGCCUCUUCAGAUUACCAGUUUUCAUUAAUUCCAGCAUUUUUCUCUGUGGUUUUUGUUCUGGGUUUGGUUGGAAACAGCAUAGUGGUUGUGGUGCUCUGUCGUCACAGUAGCCCCAAAACAGUUGCUAAUAUCUACAUUUUCAACUUGGCCGUGGCAGACUUGCUGUGCCUCGCCACGCUUCCCUUCUGGGCUACCUAUUACUCACAGAGGUACAACUGGCUCUUUGGAUCUCUCAUGUGCAAAAUCUCCAGUUCUGUCCUGUGCCUCAACAUGUUUGCAAGCACAUUUUUCGUUACAUGCAUGAGUGUGGACCGGUACCAUGCUAUUGUCCAUCCUAUUCGCUCUCAAAGAAGAACUCCACAACAGGCCUAUUUUAUAGCAAUGGUUGUGUGGGGCCUUGCCUGUUUGUCCUCCCUUCCGACUUUUUAUUUCCGUGACACACGCUACAUUAAAAGUUUGGGGGUGAAAGCUUGCAUUAUGGCAUUUCCUCAUGAGAAUUAUGCGAAAUGGUCUGUGGGAACAGCCUUCCUCAAAAAUGCACUCGGCUUCUUCAUCCCCUUGACAGUGAUCACAACAUGCUACAUCUGGAUCAGGAGGCACUUGCUAAAAGCACAGGAGUUUGGGAAAAACAAGCAGAAGAUGGACAAAGUCCUCAAGCUGGUGGCUGCUGUUGUUGUGGCCUUCUUAAUUUGCUGGCUCCCAUUCCACAUUUUAACCUUUUUGGAUGCCCUGGCUCAUAUGAACAUUAUUAACAACUGUGAUGUGACGGGGAUCAUCGACACAGCACUGCCGUUUGGCAUCUGCAUGGCAUUUGCCAACAGCUGCAUCAACCCUUUGCUGUACUGUUUUAUUGGGAACCAGUUUCAGGAGAAGCUCCAUCGCUUGUUUAAGCGACGAGUUUAUCAGUUCAACAGCCAACAAGAGAGUUCUUCUUUGAGGAAAGCGAGCUGCUUCAGAGACACUGAGACCCCUGUGGGCAGGGAGAGGGGCCCUGAGUCCUUGCUGUAGACACUGGGUUGUGACAUGGGGCUGUGUCAGUACAGCAGGCUGCCCCUGAAGUGGGGACACUCUUUUCUCCAGUUCCUUUCAUUUUUUGUCCUUUUACUCACCAGCUAUUUGAAGGAGAAUCUGUUUUUUUUUCUCAUACAGGAGGAUUUAUUCUUCCUUCCUUUUCACAAUGAGCACCAAAGGGAAGAUUCUGGCAAAUAACUGUAUUGAUGGCAUUUGAAAUAUCUGCUUAUAUGUGCCUGAGAUCAGGCAAGUGUUUAAUACAGAAAGAUAAAAUACACCAGAGGAGCAUUUCACCAUAGCUACAACUGUGUAGGUGCUGAGUAUUACACCCUGACUAUGCUGAUUUUCUAAAAGAGACUCUCAUUAGAGAAUGUGUAAAUAAAGCAGUGCAGAUACUUCUGCACCUAUCUAUAAGAAAAUGUUUGAUCUUUUUUAUGUACACACACACACAUAUAUAUAGUUUUGAAAAUAUAUUGCUAGAGAUAACAUAUGUUAAAUGCAUCAGAUAUACCUCCUGCUUGCUUGGGCCCAGGAUCCUGAGAACAGGUGGAGAUAUGGAUUUGCAUAUUGCUGGAGGCAGAAGAGAAUUACUGGGGAAAAGUGCUACCACAUGCAUGUUUUUAUACCUUUCUCAUAGCAUGUAACAGGUUUGCAAGCCAGGUAAUCCUUUCCUUUGAUCCAGUGUGGUCAUUUUUGACAGUAAUGCCCUAGGAACGCAGUCCUGGUGCACCAAGUCCUGGUGCUACACGGGCGAGAUAAGUCCCACACAUGGUCCAGCAGCCUUCAGGGAAAAGACUUGCUGAUGGUCUGGACUUUUUGCAUUUCAAAUGUCACUUACUACUGUAUUUUUUGGGUACUGUAUACAAAAAGCCUAAAUGACUCUGUCUUGACGCCCAGAAGCAAAACCAUGGUGUGAUUCCUAAGACUUAUCCACAUCUCAAUGCAUAAGCUUUCUCAUUUGUAAAUAAAAGAAAGGGGGAAAAGGUUUUGGCAAAUAAUGAUUCUAUUUUGAGGUUAUGUUUGAUUAUUUGAAAUUUGCUUUUGCUAAAGAGAUACUGAUUCUAACCACCAAUGUGGAUCGUUCAAAAAUGAUUGUGUUUGCUAGACUCAAUAUAGAAGAGGGAUUUGUUAGCACCAUGCUCAAUUUCCAGCAGGCUGUCCCCAGGCUGGAGGACACAGCGACCAAAAGAUAAUUGGCUUCAGUGAAAUCUGUCCAAAAAGUUACCCCUGAAGCUUGUCUAAGCACUUCUGGGUCCAUAGGUCAGAAAUUAUACAUGCUGCCAGGGUAACAAGGAGUCUGGUCUCCCUGAAAAUCCCAGUGCUGGCUGGUGCCUGGGAGCCUUGGGAACAGGAUGCAGGAGCCAUAUAUCACUCUUAGAGCAGGGGUAUGUUGCUUUACUGGUGCCCUUGAAAAUAGGAUUUUACAAGAAAUCUGGCAGCUUCAGAGUGAUGUGGGAAGAAAAUUUUGUGCAGAACUGAGCAAAAUGGGGCCUUCACCAGGAAUAACCACUUCUCCCUGUCCUGGUUUGGUGUUCUGGUAAUUAGGGUAUGCAGCUGGAGAGAUGCUUACCCCAGAAAAUGGAAGAGACGCCACUGUGUUUCCCUUGGAAUGUUUUUGUUGAAAAUGUUCCGACAAGCUAAUAGUGUCUGGGGCGUUGGAUAUUUCUGGAAGGACAAACUGUUAAUUGCUUAGCAAUGAACACAACAACACAGUCAUGCUACUGCAGAACAAAUAAUUAUACGAAGAAAAUUACCAGGUGUUCAAAGUGGUAGGCUCAGAGAUGUAAUAAGAGGUUGUAGAGCCUUUUUACCUUUGCUGCAAUACAGAUUAGGUCAGUAAUGAGCACAACUGUGCCACUAAUUGGCAUCUUGGUAGUCUCAAAACAAAAUAUAAACUGCAUGAGCUGACCCCAGUGCUACCUGUGCUUCAGCCGUAUCUGUUCUGGGCAUAAGUACAGCUUAUAUAUUUUCAACAUGUCAGUUUGGACCUGCUCAAAAAGAACAGUUUUCAUCAAGUCCCAUGCCUGUGCAAACCUCCGCAGGUAGGAAAAUAAGACAAGGAUCUGAAAUCCAGCUGCAGUUGGAUUUACACCUGUGAGAGGCAAGGAAAAUGAAGACAAAACUUCCCAGAGGAUAGAGCAGCAAUGCAGGGUCUCCCAUGGCUGCAGCCAGAGGGCAGAAAUCAACGACUGCUUCUUAGGGCUGAGAGCUGCACUCACUUUUUUCUUGUCAG